AUGGCUUGUCUGGAUUCCGGAUUCUGCUGUGGCAGCUUCCCCAAUGUUACCAAAAGGCCAGAUGACGGGAGAUUAUGUAGCAAAGCAGACUGCGAAAGUGUACAAAACCAGCAGCAGCAGGUGAUUGCCCUUGUGAUGGAUUCCUUCACAGAUAUUGAUAUCUUUGGUGACCUUCAGGAUGCCUAUAACAACCGCAAAGUCCCUGUCUAUAUUCUUCUUGACCAGGACUUUCUACCCCAUUUCUUGGAAAUGUGCAAGAAUUUGGGAGUUUGUCCUGAGCAGGAAAGUCUGAUGAGAGUUCGAACUCUCACAGGGAACACGUACUACAUGAGGUCAGGUGCCAAAAUUGUUGGGAAAGUCCAUGAGAAGUUCAUGUUGAUUGAUGGCAUUAGAGUGACAACAGGCUCCUACAGUUUCACAUGGUCCGAUGGGAAGCUGAACAGCAGUAACUUGCUGCUCUUGUCAGGUCAAGUGGUUGAACAUUUUGACCUCCAGUUCAGGAUUCUUUAUGCCCAGUCGAUGCCCAUCAGCCCUAAGUGGCCAUCCAGCUGCAGGAACAGUGGGAUAUUCGAUCACCUGGUGAACAGAAUAGAGUCCCCUAAAGAAUAUACUGUGGAAGGUAACUUGAGAGCAGAAUUUGCCAGGCUGUCUAGUACUCCAAAGAAAUUGUUGAAAGAACUAGAUCAGGCUGAAGAUACUCCUGGAGGCAAACCUUGUAACCUGGGGCGUUCUUGCCUCUGUGAAGAGGAGUGGUUCAGCGAUCAAGAGGCCACAGUGGAACGGAAAAGUGCAUCGACUCAAACUGGCCCAUGGGAAGAGAAGUCUGUAGUGACCAUGUGUAAUGCUGCCACGCAGAUCAGCGCUGUAACGGCAGAAACUGGCACUCAGACUUCUGUCACUGCUAGAAUGACGGGCACUCAGACUUCAGUUUUGCUGAAGACUGCAGUGACACAGACAAAGGAAGAUGAGUACACAGAAACACCCCUGCUUCCCAGAAAGCUGUCAAAAGAAGGAUCUUCUCUGUCCGGAAAGGCUGUAUCAAGUUCUAGUCUGCGAUCACUGUCUUCGUCAUCGUCCCAGUGCUCUCUUGCAAGCUCUGCUGGCUCACUAUCUUCUCUCCGGUCCUUUGAAUAUUCUAGCAGUCACAGGGCAGAAUAUUUCCAAAAACUGCAUAAAGAGAGGCAGUUCCACUACUCCACUAUCAGGUCGAAGCUUAGCCACAUGGUGGAUAUCCUAUCCCGGAGAGGACGUGUACCUGAAAACUACAUGACCCAAUACACUGGAAGAUGCAAUCUAAAACAGAGGCGUGACAUCAGUGCCAGCCUGCGCAGCCUCCGGGAUGUUUCACUCUUUUCUCUGAACAAAUGA